AUGAAACAUAACAUGGAAUAUUUAAUCAGCAAAGAUAAUUUGAAGAUUAUUCGAUAAUCUGAACUGAUUUAAAAUACAGUUGUAUGGACUAAUAAAAAUUUGUUCCUUCGUUAUUGCUAAUCACAGAAUUAUUAUUAUACUAGAGACGUAAAUGAAAUUCUUGCUGAUGCUUCAUCAAAAGCUGUAAUCAGAUACAAGGAUUGGUAUGGAUAUGAUGAUGAUGUAAAUUUUUGUAUCAUUCUAAGGAUGAAUACCUAAAAAGGUAUUAUUUUACUGAUGAAUAUUCACAGAAGGUCCAGUUGUUAACUGAAUACUAUAAAGUAAAAUUAACCAUAUAAAAGAGUUUCAUACAGAUAUUGCCAGAUUAUUUAUGGAACCAAUUGCGACCUUGCUUAAUAAAUAUUACGAUAAGAAACGCAAAUAUGAGUACUAUAGGAUUGCUCGUUUGAUUGAAGAAGAGAAUAAGAAAAAUCCCAAUCGACCUCCAAAAGGUAUUGUAGGUGAACAACCCUCUCCUGCUAAUUCUCAAGAAACCUAAAAAGAAGAGGAAUCUCCUACAGCAACUAGGAGAAUCAGAAAUAUUCAAAUUUUGAAAGACUUGAGUUGGUUAAAUAAAUCAAGAUUAUUAAAUAAAUAAUAGAAAAUUGAUAUAUCAUGUACACUAUAAGAAAUUUGCAAGCAUCUUGGUAAUUAAGCUUUUGAACAAUCUUCACUUUUCAUAUAGGCAGGUAAAACAGAAGAAUUGAAAUUGAAUAAGUUUUUAACAUAUUUGAAUCAAUAAGUUAAAAAAACAUAAAUUAAAGGAGAUUCUCAACAUUAAAAACCUAAAAAGAAGUUAAGUUAACCUCAUGAAUAAUUAAUUUAAACUUUAAUUUAAAAACAAUAAGAAGAAUCUAAAUCAAGGUUUGGUUCUCAACAUUCAAAAUAAAAUACUGAAUUAUUACUUUAAAUGAAUAGAUUAUCAAAAGAUAUCAAUGUUAAUUUUGUUAGAAAUCAAGUUGAUUCCAUAUUCAAAAACAAAUAGAAUAAUGAUAAUCCUUAAAGUCUUACAAGAGUAGAUUAAAAUGAAUAAAUUAAGUAAUCUGCAAAUCCAAAAUCUAAAACUAUUAUUUAACAUUAACCAAAGAUCUCUACAUAAUUAUUUCUAAAAGACCUUAAGAAAAAUGUGUAAUCUAUUCCUUAAUUACUCAAUAAAUACAAUUAAAAUAAUAUACCAUCUCCUACAACAAAUACUCAUAAUAAGGUCUCAACAUCCAAUCAACCAAAUAUAGGUAAUAAUCUUUAUUAUAUAUAUAGGCAAAUUAAAUUUAAAAUAAGUAUCUAAAAUAUUGAUAGAGGAGGAUCCUACUGAAUAAGAAAUCAAAUGGAAAAAUGGAUCCUAAACACAUAGACCUCAUUCAGGAACUCAAAACUUCUUCUCAAAUAGAAACAGUCCCACUAUUUCUAGAGGAGUAUAAAAUGAUUUGAAAAUGAAUAAAAUCAAAUAGACACCAACACCAUCAUUAUAAACAAAUACUAAAACAACUAAAUAAUCAGGAUCUUAAACGAAUCGAAAAUGUUCUUAACCUAAUAUACAUAUUCGUUAUACAUCCAAUUAAGAUAAAGUCAUUAAUAUCAAUAUUAAUAUUAAUGAUCAUCCAGAAUUAUAAAAAUGUAAUUUAUUAUACAAUAUUCAUUAGAAUAAUAGUAAAAACAUAAGAAAAAUUAAUCUGAAGGCAAACCUCUCUAGUUGAAUACAAAUUUACCUGAUACUUAAUAGGAGUAUGUCUGUUUAACUGACAGAGGAGGAGCAAGUGAAUUUUUAUUCAAAAAUAGCAUUGCUGCUUCUUGUUAAAAUUCACCAAAAACAUAAAAAUUAAAACGAGUUAGUAGUGGAACAACAACUUUAAAAUGUUCAAUGAGUACUAAAAACUCCUUAAUUUAAUAAAUGAUAUCUUAAGUAACCAAAUAAUAGCAGAAAUAAGAAGUUCUUUCAUCUUAGUUUAGAAAACCUAUUUGA